AUGGCGAAUGAGGCUUUGGCGGCAACAUACCGCUCCUCCUCUUCCACUACAAUACUGCCUCCCUCAUGCGCAUUGAAUUGUAUUGGUGCUUUGGAUGGAACACAUAUCCGAGUUAAGGUUCCUAAAGAAGAUGUGUCAAGGUGGGAGGGCUCCGCUUCAGAUUCAAGAAUUUUAGAAAAUGCAAUUCAUAACGAAGAUAAUCUAAAUGUUCCUCAAGGUAAAUUUUACCUAGCCGAUGCUGGUUAUAUAUUGAGGUCGGGGUUCAUCACUCCAUAUCGAAGUACUCGAUAUCAUUUAAGAGAAUAUUCUCAACAUCCUUCUGAAAAUCCAAAAGAGUUGUUUAACUUAAGACAUUCUUCAUUAUGCAAUGCAAUUGAAAGAGCUUUUGGUGUUUUGAAGAAUAGAUUUCCAAUCCUAUCAGAGAUGUCUAGAUAUAAUGUAGACAUAGUCAGUAAAAUUAUCAUAACUUGUUGUAUUUUGCAUAAUUUCUUAAUGGAUUUUGAUCCUGAUGAAGAAAUUAUUGCACAAGUUGAUAAAGAUCUAAUGAAUAAUGUACCUGAAGAUAGAGCAAGUCGUGAAAACAUUGUUAGAUGGGAAGAUGGACGAAGGGGAGAAAUUUUGAGGGAUACCAUAGCUGCGAAAAUGUGGAAUGAUUAUAUUCGUAGAUAA